AACGCGCCUGCUGCUGGGUGAGAGUAACGUUAGCAGAGCUCAGACCGCCUCCGCCGCGGAGAGAGGGAGCAGGAGGCGCGGGGUGGGAGGAAGACAUGGCUGGGAGGAGCUUGGGGAAGUAUAAACUUGGAUGAGUUUAGGCUGAGGGUAAAAAGCCUCGCCGCGCUUAAAAAUCAUGCCAAAACCGGAGCGGAGGACACGAGCAGCCGGCCACUUCGCCUCGGAACUCGGUGGAUAUUCCCUGAAACGGAGCUUCUGUGACUGAGGGCUGCGGGAACAACACACACGCCCCGGGUCCCGGAGCCUCGCAUCAGCCGCGGAGCAGCGAGAGAGAGAGCGCGGGAGCUCCACAGCGGGCAAGCCGAGCCAGAGCAGCCCAAUCCCCGUAAACACACAAUGGGAUUAGCGCUGGAGCGGAGGAGCAGAGCUUCCAGCCCAUGUGGCUCAAACACCUCCACCACCACAAACUUAACACUACUGUUCCUCACACUGAGUGCUCCAGCAGUGCUGUCCUUCACCCCGAUGGCUAUGGUGUAUCCACAAGAUCCAGCCCUGCUGAUUGGUUCCAGUCUCACGGCCACAUGUUCGGUCAGUGCUGAUCACGGUCUGCAUGCUGGCUCUCUUUACUGGACACUAAACGGUAAACGCCUCCACAGCAGCACCUACAGCAUCCUGAGCCCCACCGUCCUCAGCGUCACUCUGACCAACCUGAGCGGCUCCCGGCAGCGCUCCGGCGACAACCUGGUGUGCCACGGCGGCGGCGGCCACGUGCUGGCCGGCUCCUGCCUCUAUGUGGGCAUGCCGCCUGAGAAGCCCGUCAACCUUACCUGUUGGUCCAGGAACACAAAAGACCUGACCUGCCGGUGGGCUCCGGGGGGCCAGGGGGAGACUUUCAUUAAGACCAAAUACACACUCAAAUACAAACUCAGGUGGUACGGGCAGGAGAAGGAGUGUGAGGACUACAGCGCGGGGCAGCCCUACACGUGCUACAUCCCACGCGACCUCGCCCUCUUCACACCUUACGAGAUCUGGGUGGAGGCCUCCAACCAGCUGGGAAGCGCCACCUCGGACGUCAUCAGCCUGGAUAUCCUGGACGUGGUGACGACGGACCCUCCGGCAGACGUCCACGUGAGCCGGGUGGGUGACCUGGAGGACCAGCUGACUGUUCGCUGGGGAACGCCACCGGCCCUCAAAGACUUCCUCUUCCAGGCCAAGUACCAGAUCCGCUACAGGCUGGAGGACAGCUCUGACUGGAAGGUGGUGGACGACAUGGGGAAUCAGACGUCCUGCAGGCUGGCCGGCCUCAGGCCCGGGACGGUCUACUUCGUCCAGGUUCGCUGUAACCCCGUGGGAAUUCUGGGCUCCAGAAAGGCCGGAAUCUGGAGCGACUGGAGCCACCCGACCGCAGCCUCCACACCGCACAGUGAGCGGUUGCUGGCGGGCUCGUGCGACUCCAAGGCGGGGCAGCAGAACUCAACGCUGCGACGGGACCUCAAGCAGUUCUUCGGCUGGGUCCGCAAGCGAGCAUAUGGCUGCAGCGGCAUGAGCAUCAAACUAUAUGACCAGUGGCGGGUCUGGCUGCAGAAAUCCCACAAAACCCGGAACCAGGUUCUUCAAGGAGAUAAAUCAUAGCACGUCGCUCCUGGCUGGAUGGGACUCUUGACGAGGGCAGCACCGCAGAAGGGCUUCGCUUCCCCCACCCUCCACCACCCAGCCCAAGCCAGCUGGAAGUUCUACCACAGCAGGACCUGAGGAGAAACGUUAAAACAGCGCUACGACUGUACGCCGGACCCUGCUUUAAACCACGCCUUACUUUCUUUUUGUUUUUUUUGUUGUUGUUUUUUCAAUAGAGGAAAGCAGUCUUAUUUUUUUUUUUAUUUGCGACUGACCAUAUGGAGGAUAUAUCUCGGCGAGAAUGUGCUCGGUGGAGCACACCGGGGAGCGAUUCAUCAAGCUGCAAUUUGCACAUUUGCUCCAAGGAGGACUUUCCUCCCACGUUUCUGUGUUUCUGUUUCUGUGACGCUUCCAGUCUGGUUCCUUCAUUCACGUUAAAGAGACUACAGGACCAGGCAGAGGUGAGACUACAGGACCAGGCAGAGGUGAGGUGCCAGACAGAAAAAGGAGACAAGCAGAACCCUCUGUUUUGGCUUCGAUACUUCAGGACUUCAGGACUGGCCUUGAUGAACAUGAUGAAACAAAGCCUUACCAAAGAUCCAGCGUGAACGUUUAGCACAUUUUCAGCACAGAUUUCUGUUCAGUUCUCUGACUGCACACACAGGUUCUGAGUAGGUGGAGUUCUUCACAGUGGAGAAAAAAGGAGGACGAAGACGUUAGAUAAGCCAAAAUGCCUUGGAAACCAAAUGAAACAUCUAACGAAUAUAAGCGAUGGUUCAGCAAAAAUACUGGCUUUACUGUGGAUGUGCAUAAAUCAGCUAAGGUGUGUUGAAGUAGACAUAUACAAUAAUUAGAAUAAUAAUACUAUUUAAUACUAACAACAAUCAAACAACACUGAUCUGUGAGCUGAAUUGGCAGUGAGUGUAGUCAGAUCUUAACAAAAAACAAGCUUUGGCUAGAUCUAGUUUUGAUGACUGUAUAUAUAGUCAAACCUGCAACAUCUAACUUAGGCUAUGUUCACAUUACCAGGCUGAAGUGACUCACAUCUGAUUUUCUGCUCAAUGUGGCUCAGAAUUGAUUUUUUCAUGGCUGUGUGAACGUGCCAAAUCAGAAUUUUACAAAUCAGAUUUGAGUCACUUUCAUAUGUGGUCCUAAAUCAGAUACGUAUCCUAUCCAUCGGCAUUGGGGACAUGAAUGUGAAGGGUCAAAUCAUGCGGAAUUCUACGCAUUAGCAUUAGUGCUACGUGCUUCUCCGUCAUAGCCACACAUCUCUUGGUGCAGCUAUAGCUGCAAAAACAGCAAAAGCAAACCGCCUGGCCUUUUUUCACCUCCUCGACCUGAACAAGACCUUCAGACCAGCUGUUUACUGUUUCUACACUCCAGCAAAACAUGCUCCACAUAAGAGCCUGCUAGGUUACGAUUCACUACUAGUUAUUACUGGUUGCAAUUUAACAAUGCCAAACCACUUUGGCUUCAUUUCUAUAGAACAGAAGGGAAUUGAAUUGAACCCUUGAGUCCUUGCAAAUAGUCCUUGAGUCCAUGAAAUAUUUUAAUUUUUUUAAUUCAGUGUUUUGUCAUAUUGCCAAGAGAAUCGUUAUCGUGAAAAUACCAUGAAAUAUCGUGAUUUAUUUUAAGGCCAUAUCGCCCACCACUAAUUAACAGUCAUUAAUAAUUAGCACAAAAGGUAUAGAAGCAAAAUUUGGACAAAAUGCAAUUCGUGACUGAUCGAGUACAUCUUUGUAAAUCAGGAUUUUUGCUGAACCGUUGCUUUAAAGGUACAUAAAACGAUUAUCUCUAUUGAAUUCUUUGUAGAAUAAGGCAGCAUUUUGCAGCGUUUUGAUGCAGAACUUUCCAGCAUCUUAAAUGAAAGCUUUUAACUUUUUGAUUUUAAGCACAAAAAAGGAACCCACUAUGUAUCCAAGUAAAAAGUGCCUGUUUGCUUUCGUGUCCAGCCUCUGCACGCCGACGUGGAGAAUCCACAGGAGGAGUCACUGGUUUCACUGGUUCAGUCUCAGCAGGACUCUAGAUAAACAGUGCAGCGUUUGGGAGUUUACAUUCGCGAGCGUGCGGGAGAGCGGGGCUGAGCAGACCUCACCGCGGUACUGUUUAUUCAGCGUGGGCCACCGUUCCGCUUCCUCACCAGCCUGCCGUCGUCACGGCUGGGAGUUCCUCAGCCGCGCGUGUAACGGACGCGUGUUUACGAACUGUUGUUUGUGUGUAUGUACAAUGUCUUACUGCUUUUUUUAUUUUUGUACUGAAUUGUAUCAGCAUAUUUAAAAAAAUGUAAAGUUAUGGUUCUCUGUGACUCUUUAAGUUAUGAGUAGGUAGUUUAUAAUUAUAAUAUUAUUGACUGAAUUAUUAAAAUGUAAUAUUGAACAUGAA